UGUUUUACGACUGCAAUUAGAAAAUGCGCCCAGCUAAAUUGCACAAUCGACAAAUAGGUGGCCUGCAAUAGAAUCGAAAUGGGUGCCAAGGGGGGCGGUUGUGCUGGCUGGAGCUGGAGCUGGGGCUGGAGCCGUGUCCAUAAACUACAUAUGGCCCUGGUCUGGUCUAGGCUGGCUCUUAAAUAUUUGGUUGACGCCACGGAAUGUUUCUGAGCACGCAUGCGCAAUUUGUAUCUAAGAGAUACUUAUCGCUGGCAACAGUAACGUUCGUCGACGUUGUCGUUGCUGCCUGUUGUUGUUUGCUAUUCACACAAACACAAGCACAAACACACAUACACACCCGCACACACACACACAUAGUCAUAUACACCUUAUCGCUGGCGAUAAGAUAAGCAAUACCAGAGCACGAAUACAACGACAGCUACAAGAGCGCUGCAAGAGUAUAGAAAUAAAUCAUAACUCACACACACAGGCACACACACGCACACACUAUAUGCCAUAUAUGCUAUAUACUUCUAAAUGAAGCGCUGCAAACUGCGUCUGUGUGCGUUUUAUAAUUGGGCGCUGAGGUAAAGGUGCUAAGCGCGGCAGGCACCGCAAUGCGUUGCGUCCACAUCGACGUCGACAUCGGUGUUGGUAUCGGUGUUGUCGUCGCCAUCAGCCCGGGCUCGAGUUGGUCUCGAAAAAAUAGCACUUAUUAUUAUUAUUAAAUGCCGCGCGGGAAACAACGAAAACGCUCUACGGAUGCCAAAAGCCUGCCCUACCAAUUUUGCCCAAACAACUUGCGCACAAUUUUCACCGAACUGAAUUGAAUUUUCCCACUUUCAAAAAAGUAACAAUACCAAAAAGCAUUUUCCAUGCGCGCGCUUUUCUAACUGCGGCGAUAAACAGCGUGUUUCCGAAGCAUACAACAAAACAACAACAAAAAAACAUUUACCAGUGCUUGUGAUAAUUUUUUAAAAACAAAAAAAUCAAGUGAUAAAAACGCAACUUAGAUAAAACUAAACAACAAUAGUCGAGAGCCAAAGCAACGAACAUUUGAUGGUUUGCAAAAGUGUUGAUAUAGUCGAUAUCAAGAUGCAGCUGAAGAUGGAAGCGCAGACGACGCCGCAGCAACAGCAACAGCAGCAGCAGCAACAGCAACAGCAGCAACAACAGCAACAACUACAGCAACAGCAACAGGUGCUUAGCAAACAGCAGCUGCAAUUGCUGGACAAAAUCAAAAUUGAGACAAGCAACGGCAACGAUCCACAGGCCAACAGCGUACUGGAGGAGCAACAGGAUCAACAGCAGCCGCCCCCAACAGUUGGCGUUCUGGUGCAGACGAACAGCCAGCCAAGCGAUUCCGAAGAACAGCAGCAGCAGCAGCAGACACAGUAUGUCGUAGUGCCACGCACCCAACAGCGACGCAUUCUUACCACAGCGGGCACACUCGAAGUGAACGAGACACGCGACGGCGAACACAGCACCAACAACAGCAGCGCCAGCUCCAAUUCAGCGCCAGAGACCCACAUUGAGUAUCAGCGCAGCUCGCAUCACUCACCCCACUACAUUCAAAUGGCGCCGCGGACUGCAGUCGAGGUGGCCGAACAGGUGGCCAAUGCGCCACCCGGCACGCUUUAUGCCUACCCCUCCGGCCAACUCAUUUGCAGCAGCGAUGAUGGCACGCCCAUCAAAAUAGAGAGCAUCGACAAGAACGAUGUGCCAGGAGAUGCGCAAGCUCAGCACCUGCAACAGCAGCAGCAGCACGCACACCAACAGCAACAGCAGCAACAGCAGCAGCAACAACAGCAAUGCCCCACACCCAAUGGCGGUCCUUAUGGUGAUGCCAUUGUGGUCAGCAGCGAGGCUGCACUGCAGCAUCAUCACCAGCAGCAGCAGCAGCAGCAGCAACAACAACAUCAACAUCAGCAGCACCAGCAGCAACAACAACAACAACAUCAACAAGCAGCAGUUGCUGCCGCAGCAGCAGCAGCGGCCGCUGCUCACACGCAUGUGCGCUAUGUGACAGAGGAUGGACGCUUUGCCACCACCAGCGGAGAUGCAGAGGCGCCCGGCGGCAAUCUGUACUAUGAUGCCUCCGUUGUGGAUGCCAGCGUGCAUCCCAACGAGUCUAAGACAUAUGCGGAUCUGGGCAAUGCCUAUGCCUUUCCGCCCAACUCGACCUUCAGCAGCAAUAGCUAUGCGGCGGCCACGCUGCAGCAAGGCAACACCAUUUACAGUGUGCCAGGAACGGCGCAGUUUAUAACCAAAUCCGAUCCAAACUUGAAUCCGUUAAGACAAACGGCGGGACCAUAUCAAACGAUAUCCUUCUUGGACGGCACCAAUGCCACUGAUGCGGGCUUGUGGACCACAGCCGGCGGCGAAUAUCAGAAUGUGUCAUUUUCGAACUAUCCUACGCAGGUAAUUGAUGACUAUUCCACCGGCAACAUGCCCGCCGCUCACUGGCCGCCAGCUGGCAGCAUUAGCAGCUAUGAUCCCAGCCUGGCAGCGUCUAAUGCCACGUCGCCCUCCACACAUGGACUGCAGGAGCUUAAGUGCGAGACCUGCCAGACACCGUUUGUGCGCAAGGGCACGGACUGGCCCAACUGUCCAAACUGCACCAGCUAUGUACGCGGGCAGGCAGGCCGGCAUGUUCCACAGCGCCAGAAGCCGAAGGCAGCCGCUGCGCCCAACAAUCGCCGCAGUGGGGUCAUCUGCGCCAACUGCCACACCAACUCAACGACGCUCUGGCGGCGCAACAACGAGGGCAAUCCCGUCUGUAAUGCCUGCGGUCUGUACUACAAGCUGCACAACAUGAACCGCCCGCUCUCCAUGAAGAAGGACGGCAUUCAGAAGCGCAAACGCAAGCCAAAGAACAAUGGAGGACCUCUACCCCAUCGAGCACUUCCAAGCAUGUCACAGGGUGUUAAUUUGAUGGUAAGCAGUAGCCAGCUGUAUCCGUCACAGGUUGCAGUGGGAUUAAUGAAUAGCCAACAGAAUACAAGUCCCGAGCUGCACGAUAUGUCCACAACUGGCCCCGCCGCCGGAUCACGUGUGGUGGCCAUUGCGUUAAAUCCUACAGCGCCAACUUCCGAUGGCACGUUGAACAUGUCGCGUCACCAUGUGACGAGCGAGAGCCACUCGGCCUACAGCCAGCAGCAACAACAGCAGCAGCAGCAACAGCAGCAGCCUCCGGAUCAGAGUCAAUCGCCUCAUCUGCCAAAUUCGAGCACAUUGAACCGCCAGAUUGCGCAGUCUGUUCCGCCAAUCGAAAGUGGGCGCAGUUCUAAUAGCGAGCUGACCCCAAGCGUCAUAACACGCACAGGUCUGCCGGAACGAUCUUCGAAUAACUAAACUACAUACUAUUUAAACUAUAGUUAACUUCACCAAAAUGUAACAAUUCAUAAAUUAUUUGUAUAAGCUUAGGUAGGCCGAUAUCCCAGUUAGAAAAUAUUCGAAAGUAGAACAAGCUCUGCUUCUUUUCGAAGCCAAUUUGGAACUAGCUACUGUACCUAACUUGAAAAGAAUUUUUUAAAGUUCUGUUGUAGCACAUUUAUUGAAUGUUAAAAGAACUAGUUCCAGUUCGCUGCUUUAAGUUUUCAAUGUGUUGAGUAACUUUUCUAUGUCCUAUGGAAAUGUUUAAUGUAUUAUUUUCAUUUUUUUUCGAAAUUAUGAAUGCAAUUUUUGAUUGCAGCGAGUCAGUAAAUUCAAUUUAACUGGAGGCAAAAACUUUCAUUUUUUGUUUUCUUUCAAACGUGUUUUGAAUAACUUAUCGAAACGCAAAAUAUAUUAUAUUAAACGGAGAUUUUUUUUCCCUUAAUAGUUCUAUAAUUGACCUCGCACUUAAAAAUUUAAAUAUUUCUGAGCCAAAUUAUUUUGCCAUUUAUAAGGCAGCCAGGACUUUGUCUUCCUCUUCCCAUUAGUCAACUACAUGCUACAAAUUAUUCCAAAUGAUUUGAGGGCAAUACAUGGGGUCUAUUAUAUACCAACUAUGAGUAAAUUAUAUUUUUCUUAUAAAUAUAUAUGUGUAUGUGUAUCUGAUAGAAAUAAUUUAGCAAAAAUCAUAAGACCGUUAAAAGCCUACGAUUUAGUAUAUUUAAGC